CUUUUCCCUGCCUCUCUUCUGGGAUUAUGCUACAUGCCGACCAAUCUAGCCAUUUUGGAGGGUAGUGGUCGAGGUAGGGUAGGCGUAGUUCCUAGAUUCUUGGUGGACGCCCGAAGCACUCCGCGAUUAUAAGAGCGUCAAAUUGACAUUGGACUGGUCAGAAGCGUCCCUGGGACAUACCGUAUGCUAAUGAGGGUUGGAAUUUCCAAGAUCUCCUCGAGUGACGUCAUAGCGCGAACUCGUACUUUUAGAGCUUAUAAUACUGUCAAUGUACAGUUGGACGCCACUUUGGGUAUAAAUUUACUACGAAGCUAUCGAAAGCUGAGCAUAAUCGGCAGUCUACUAGACUUUUCCUGACGCACAUUCUACUGCCACGCUACCUUCGAGAAAUGGCAUCCGGACAGAAUGAUAACAUCGACCCGAAAGCGUCCGGCCUGGGCAUCUCUAGUGGGAAUCCUAUUCCCUGCCAGCUCAGCCAACAAGGACGCUCAAAGGACCCGCCCGACGGUACACAGAGUCGAAGGUACCUGGAUGAACUUCUUGAAAUCCAAUCACUCUUGAAUUCCAUUUUAACGGUAAUUCGCUACGGGAGCAAGGAAGAAACAGGUGGAUUACUGGAUUGUAUCCGAAGUGGAGUUUCUUUGUCUCAAAUACGCUAUCACCUUCAGUCUCUGGGUAGAUUUACACAAGUUACUCGGGCAGCAGUUCAAACAGGCGAAUUCAUUGAGGACACAGUUAGCGAAGGGGAUGAUUCCGUUGACCAAACUUUUGAAGAGCUUGGCAACGGAUGACAACCGUUCUGUACAAGCAGAGAAAUGGUAUGCACGAGUUUUCGGCGUCUAGCAUAUGUUCCCCAAGGGGACGCGGGCUUUUUCAGAGGCAGAAGUUGCUGGAACAUUUUGGUCAACACCCACGAAUUAUCGAGUCAAGAAGACUUGACAAGGAUGGACUAAUACCCUUUCCUAUCAAAGUUCUCUCACCAUGACGCAUCGUAUUCGAAUUGCAGUAGGCCUAGUGCAUAUCCAUGUUCAAAGUGUCUAUCAGGGGGAUCUCUGGCCCGGAUACAUUACCUGACGAGAAUUUCAACAUCAAGUUAGCAGACAUUCAAGGUACACUCAGCUCCCCUGAUGAUACGGUCAUUCUAAAUGGGCUGGCUCGAAAGAGUUCGAUGUAUUACAUACCGUGCGAUGGAGCCUGCGAGAACACGAGAUCGAUCGUUUCGCUUUCAGGUCCACUGUGCAUUUCGUCAUGAGAGGUCAGGAGAUUCCACAUCUCUCUUCCAGUUAUGAAGAUGAGACGAAGCCAAUUGAGAGCGAGAGCAGUCGUCGUUAUGCCGAGCAAGAACACCCUGGUAUUCCUCAUCACUGUGCCUCAAUCGUUUAGCGGUGUUAGAGGGAAGAUUAAAUCG